UCCAGUCUGCUUUUGGAUUAUUUUCCAAAUACUUUCUUAACCAUUGCAUGUAAUUAAGUUUGUUUUAAGUGUACUUUAAAGUCUACAGUUUUGUUAUUAUCAAGCCAUAGUCAUUUUAUAAUGUAAAAUGGUGCAACCGCAAUUUGCGUUGUCUUGGGAUUCGUACAAAACUAAUAUCUGUGACGGCUUUAGUGCUUUGCAACAGAAUGGGGAGUUUGUUGACAUGACUCUGGCAGCUGAUGGUCAUCUUGUGAAGGUCCAUCAGGUGUUGCUAGCACUUGCUAGUCCAUAUAUCAAGGAAUUGUUGGCUUCGGCCCCAUGUCAACACCCAGUAUUUUUUCUUAAUAAUAUAUCGUACACAACAUUAUCUCACUUAUUGGAAUAUAUUUACACUGGAGAGGCUCUUGUUCCAUCUGUUAACCUAAAUGCUUUCAUAGAGGCGGCUAAAUCCCUGCACAUAAAGGGACUUGAAACUAUUAUUGGCCAUGAAAUACCAGUUUCUGGUACACCCAGUAAACGAAAUGAUGAGAGCGAUACAAAUGUGGUAUUUCCUGGGGUCAAAAGAUUAAUAUCAACUAACAAUGAAAUUUCUUUAGGACAGGAAAGUUUACCACUGAAUGCUCGGAAGAUAUUAAUAAAGCAAAGUCAGCCUGAAACUACCAUAAUUAGCUCUGCAGGUUCUACGAAACAAAGUACCCUAAGUAGUUAUGAUAAAGAGGAUUCGCGAGGGUUCUCGGACAGCGACGAUUUUGGUAACGACCACCAUGACGAUAACGAUGACUUUGCAAUAUUAACAAAAAAGCCAAAGUUGGGAGAAAAUGUUAAAGUACAAGCAUCAACAACAGGAACUAAUUCACCACAAAUUUCCAAUACAAAUUUACAAUUUACAGUAUCAAUAAGAGGUUCAUUACAAGUUAUACUGAAUAGAUAUAUGUAUAAUUUGAAUUCUACUCAGAAUUCUGGCGUGAAACGAUGGCGUUGCGUUGAUUAUAGGAGUACUAAAUGUAUGGCCUUCCUUGUCACUAAAGGGAAUCUCGUAUUAAACAGGGCAAACCCACAUUGUCACCCGUACCAUGAUAAAAAGAUAUUGGCUAAGAUAGAGAAGAAUGCGGUAUUCUCUGCUCUGGACGAUGCCGAAGGUUACAAAGAGAUGGAGAGUAAAAGAGAAGAAGAAGAAAUGGAAGCCGUUAGCGAUGACUAUAGUAUUCUACAUACCAGUAAAGAUACACAAAAAGACCCUUUCAUUUACGUUAAUUUGCGUAUUUGUUAUAUCAACAUUAAAACGUUCAGUAUAACACCGAGUGUCAUCGAGUAUUCAAGGAUGACUAUUUUAAUAUAUCUUUUUAUAUUUUUCAACUUGACUUUCUCAAAUCCAAUACCAAAGGAAUAUGUUAUACGAAAAUUAAUGAACGAGUCUACAGUGCAAUUAUUGCAAGAGUAUAUGCGAAUAGAUACAAGUCGCGAAGAGAAUAUUGAAUCGGCUGUCUUAUUUUGGAAACGGCAAUCAAACGUCUUAGGUCUGCCAUUUGCAGUAUACCGUCCCGCAAAGAAGCCGAUUUGUGUCAUAACAUGGACAGGCUCUGAUCCCAAACUCCCGAGCAUUAUACUUAACUCCCAUAUCGAUGUCGUAACAGUUGCAGAGCAAGAGUGGAAAUAUGAUCCCUUUUCGGGAUAUAUCGAUGAGAACGGAGAUCUGUACGGGCGCGGCGCACAGGAUACCAAAGCACUAAGCAUCACGUAUUUAGAAGCCAUCAGGACUCUCAAAGAGGAAGGCGUUAAAUUACAGCGAACAAUUCACGUGUUACUGAUGCCAGACGAAGAAACUGGCGGGUUUAGUGGUAUGAUACCUUUUAUUGAAACUGAAGAAUUUCGUGCUUUGAACCCUGGCUUCUUUUUCGAUGAAGGUAUGACGUCUCCUGACGGCAAGCUGUAUGCUACAUAUCAAGAUAAAAGACCUUGGCAGCUUAAUAUAACACUUCACGGAGAAAGCGGUCAUGGAUCAGCGGUUACAGAUGGAACCGCUAUGGAAAAGUUGCAGAGAUUAUUGGAUAUUACGAGAGAAUUCAGGACACAGCAAAAACGAAUCAUGAGUUCUAAGGAGCCAAUGGAUUAUGGAUCUUACACAACGCUCAAUGUUAAUAUAAUUAAUGGCGGCGUCGCAACGAACAUAAUACCCAGUAAAGUGAAUUUGGUGAUCGACAUGAGACUGUCGAUGUCUGCUCAAGUUAGUGACGUCAAUGCCAUGAUACAGUCUUGGAUUGAGCAGGUGGGCAAUGAUACUGAACUGUCAUUCAUUCGUAAAAUAGAGGUGUCAGAGCGUACUACACUGGACGGGUCUAAUCCAUACUGGGUAGCCCUUGUAGAAGCUAUGAGAGAGAUGGAUCUUAAGAUUGAGCCGAUCGCGUGUCCGGCCACUUCGGAUAUGGUCGAGGUGAGGAACAAGGGAUUCCCCGCGAUUGGCUUUGCCUACAGACCUUACACCGUGCCGCGUAUACAUGCUGCGGAUGAAUACAUAAACAUAGCUACAUUUCAACAAGGAAUACAAGUCUACGCGAAAAUUCUUAAAAGGGUAGCAAACAUAAAGUAA